CUAAAGCCAUCCUAUACAUUGAUAUCUCUCCUUUCUCUUCUCGCCAUCUCCCCUGCUCGAGCUCGUCAGUUCGCCGGAGAGAACUAAGGGGAAGGGAGCAAAAUGGCGGCGCAGGCCCUCGUAUCGUCGUCGCUUGCCUCCUCCGUCGAGUCGGCGAGGCAUCUGCUGCGGUCGAGGCCCGUCGCUUCGUCGAGGAAGGCCUCUUUCGUCGUCAGAGCUGCCUCGACUCCGCCAGUUAAGGAGGGAGCAGAUAGACAAUUGUGGUUUGCAUCCAAGCAAAGCCUUUCAUACUUGGACGGAAGCCUCCCUGGUGACUAUGGUUUCGACCCGUUGGGUCUCUCCGACCCCGAGGGCACUGGAGGGUUCAUCGAGCCCAGGUGGCUCGCCUAUGGAGAGGUCUUCAACGGGCGCUGCGCCAUGGUGGGUGUUAUCGGAGCGCUUGCACCAGAGAUUCUAGGAAAGGCAGGGUUGAUCCCACCGGAAACCGCCCUCCCGUGGUUCAAGACCGGCGUGAUCCCACCGGCCGGGACUUACAGCUACUGGGCCGACCCCUACACGCUCUUUGUGUUCGAGUUGGCGCUCGUGGGCUUCGCCGAGCACAGGAGGUUCCAAGACUGGUACAAUCCGGGCUCAAUGGGCAAACAAUACUUCCUAGGGCUCGAGAAGGGCUUGGGCGGUUCCGGAGACCCGGCAUAUCCUGGCGGGCCAUUCUUCAACCCUCUAGGGCUCGGCAAAGAUGAGAAGUCGAUGAAGGAUAUGAAGCUGAAGGAGGUGAAGAAUGGGCGGUUGGCAAUGUUGGCCAUGUUGGGCUUCUUCAUCCAAGCCCCUGUGACCGGUGUCGGGCCUUACCAAAACCUCUUGGACCACUUGGCCGACCCAGUCAACAACAACAUUUUGACCAACCUCAAGUUCCAUUAGGGCUUUUUAAGUACUUCUCUUCUGUGUCACCACCGCCCCCCGGUGAUAUUGUAAUCGCAUGUGAAAAUAUGUUAAAUGAGGGAUCAAUGUGGAACCUUGACAUGUAAAGAACUGAAAAACUGCACUUCUGAAUGGCACUGCCUUGACACUUGCUCUUGCAUUCAAGAGGAGAUCGAGAUCGAGUCGAGGUGAACUUGGUGUACCCUGUAUCUAGAGAAUCACAUAUGGAGAAAGAUUGAUUAUUGUUCA